AUGGCAGGCAACGAGCCCGUCAGGAGAAAUGAUGAAGUUUUGAGGAUUGUAAUGGUGGGGAAGACGGGCAGUGGGAAGAGCGCCACAGGAAACACCAUUCUGGGACGAGACUUCUUUGAAUCCAGGUUCAGUUUUAACUCGAUGACUGUUCACUGUUCUAAAGCUGAAGCUGUGGUGGAUGGGCAGAAGGUUGCAGUCAUUGACACCCCAGGCCUCUUUGACACCACCUUCGGCAUGGAUAAAGCAGCUAAAGAUUUUUCCCAGUGUAUCAGUUAUGCUUCUCCUGGACCUCACAUCUUUCUGGUGGUCAUCAGAUUGGGCAGAUACACUGCAGAGGAAAUGCUGACAGUUCAGAAAAUUCAAGAAGCCUUUGGCCAGGCAGCAGACAAAUACAGCAUGGUUCUUUUUACUUGCGGGGAUCAACUUGAGGACAGGUCUAUAGAUGAGCUCUUGGGGGAAAACUUAGAGCUGCAGGAACUCCUGGCCAGAUGCAAUGGCCAGUACCAUGUCUUAAAUAACAAGAAGAAGGACCGAGCUGAGGUCACUGAGUUGGUCAUUAAGAUCAAAAGUAUAGUUCAGAAGAACGGAGGAAGCCACUACACCAACGAGAUGUUCCAAGAGGCUGAGAAAGAAAUUGAGGAGGAGAAACAACGAGUCCUGAAAGAGAAAGAGGAGCAAAUACGCAGAGAAAGAGAAGAACUGGAGAAGAAAUUCCAGGAAAAGUAUGAGAAAGAGAUGAAGAAAAUCACUGAACAACUCCAGAAUGAGAGAGAGAGAUUUAACAUGAUGAGAAUAUUAGAGGAACAGCGUCAAAGAGAAGCUGCUGAGGCCCAACGAAAACUAUGGGAAGCCCAACAAGAAAUGGCCAGACGUGCAGCUGAAAGGUCUCCUAAAAAAAGGAGAAAAUGUUUAAUAAUGUGA